AUGCCAAAGAGUACUGGUCCGCGACGGCGUAUAAAAAAGAUCGCCAUUGGCAACGACACUACAACAUCGAUGCCAACAAUAGACACAUCUGGCGACCAGUCACAAAGCAACCUCUCUGAUUAUGACGAUACAAGAGACACUUCCACAUCGGCACCACAGAGUUCAUCGUAUACUAACACAGAGAUAACGAAAAGCCUGAUACCAUUUGGAAAUAGCCAAUUUGGUAGCGCAACUCGUUUAGCUUCCUAUCCUCAACCAAUGCGAGAUAACUUUGCUCUUUCUCAACGAGGACCCUCUUGGGGUGGUUUAUUACACACAAUUGAACCGCCGCAGGGAAGAGAUUCACCAUUAGAAGGCAUUCAGGAAGCUUGCCUUCUGCGAUACUUUAUUGAGGAUUUAUCGUCCUGGUUUGAUCUGGUUGACUCUCAAAGACGUUACCAGCUUAUGGUUCCAGAGCGAGCCUGUCGCUAUCCUCCACUCCUCAACGCCAUCUUUGCCAUGUCGUCCCGACAUCUCUGUCGCGUCGAGAGAUACAAAACGCCGCAGGGAAUUGUCUACCGUGGCCAACCUCUACCGAACCUCACCCCUGGUUCAUCAGUUGAGUACAUGCUUAAAUGUAUUUCCGUUUUAAAGGACUUUCACACUACCCAAGACGGGGAGAUCCGAGAGCUUAUUGUCACAACGGCUGUGAUACUACGCCACUAUGAAGAACUGGACGACCAUGACCAAGACACUGGAUCUGAAAUGGAUUUUGACGAAGGUGUCAACUUUUUAGCAAUUUUAAAUGCAGUUCUCAGAAGUCUAACAGCUGAUGAUUUAAGUCAUCGAAGGGAAUUGUUGAAUGCCUCCUACUGGAUUGCGUUGAGACAAGAGGUCUAUUAUUCACUACUGAAAGGUUAUUCACCGCAAAUAGUUGAGCCGCCUGCAGAGUGGGUGGACAUAUCGCCUGCGAACAAACUCGUGUCCCAUACGAAUCAGGUCGCAAAGUGGCUCUUCAGUGAUAAAUCCGAAACUGGGUGGCGAAAUCUCAAAAAGCAGGAGGAGUAUUUGGACGAAUGUGUCACGGGCCGCUUCUCGCCCAUAUUAUACCGACCACCCGAUAAGAUCUCUGGAGAGGUGUUUCCAAUGAUGUGGUUCGCUUCACCCAUUGCUCUGACAGGCAUGCAACAUAUGAUGAUUGCCAAGAUGAUACUAAUCGCUGAAUCACCAUUUCUAUCACAAGAAAAAGAUGUCCGUGCGGCUUAUCGUGAAGCAGAAGGAAAAGUAAGGGCCCUGGUGCUUGAGGUUUGUGGUACAGCAGUGCAACAUCCAGAAAUACAGCCAGGUCUCGUGAAUGCAACGUUGGCUAUUCAGAUGUAUGGAAGCUAUUUCACUGAUCCUUGGGAAAGAGAGGCUUUAAGGAGAACAGUGAGAAUGUUUAAGGACUGUCAGGCAUGGCCGUUGCCGAGAGUUCUGAGAACUUUCUUACAAGCUGGUAACUGA